AAAUUUAAAAAAGUAGUUGGCGCCGGCGACUUUCAGGCUGUUAAACCUCGAUUGUUGUUGAAUGUUUUAUGUGCAUAUAUUUAAUUAUAAUUGUCAGGAUAUAUUAGAAUUUCUAAUAUUUUUAGAUGCAAUUCCGAAAUAAUUAUUUUCCUUUAGAUACCCGAUUUCAAAAAUAGUCUUGAGUUGGAAAAUAUACUUAACCUUACAAAAUUGGACGCUGUCAGAUUAGUAAAAACAUUUGAAGAAAAUUUGACAAAAAUGGUUUUUUUAUAGCGAAAACCAUCAGCCAGUAAAAUGUGGCCGUUAUUACUAGAUAUGACCAAAGAAGAGUCUGUUCAGAAUUUACGAAAUCUAGAAUUAGAAGCUUAUUCUUGUCUAGUUUCUGCUUUAAGGGCUCAAGGUCCUCUUGAUGCAGAUAAACGUAAGUUGUUGAAGGAAACUGGUUCUGCUUUAAAUAUUACACAAGAACGACAUAAAGCAGAAGUUCGAAGAGCAAUUAGUGAUGAAAAGCUUAACACAAUAGCAUAUCAUAUAACUGGACAAAUCGAGUCUUUAGAAGAAUGGGCACAAGAAGGACGUAGAUUAGUGCCUCUUUUACCGAGGCAAGCUCCUCAAACACUGUACUCAGCUAUUGCAAAUGACGUUGCAGAGAGUGCUAGUCAGUCUAAUAAAUUAUUACCAUCACCAGCUAAUACUGAAAGGAAAAGGCCCGUAGUUUCUCCAAUCACUACAAUAGCUAAUCCUGAUACUUGUAAAAAUAUAUCAUUUCGAGUCCCUGAACCACCUAAACAAGAUGAAAAUGUAAAUAAAAAGAGGAAAUUGGUGGGAGUUACUGAAAAUGCAAAUAUUACGCAUAAUUUGUUAUCUCCCAAAUUAUGUAGGAUUCAGCAAAUAUACAGACAAAGGUCUAAAGUAAAACCAAAAGAAUUGAUAAAAAAGUCAGAAAACGAACAUAUUGACAUGGUCCAACAGCACAGAAUUAUUCAAUCAGUUCCCCAACCUCAAGCAGCUUCUUGUUCCUCACCGCAACCACAGUUCUUGAACCAAAGAAUAAAUGUACUUCAAAAUAUUACGUUGCAACCAAUCAAAGAUGAAAUUAUCGAAGGAGAAGAGACUGAAAUGAAUAAUUCAAAAUUACCUGAGCAGUCCAUGACUACACCAGUUUCCGUAUGUUCCAAUGAAAACCAGGCGCCGAAACCUAAAUUAUUAACAAACUUCAAGCCUAAUACAAGUAUAACAAUAAAACAACCUUCACCUCAACUAGCUGGACCUAGUAGUGAAAUUCAGAAAAAUAUUAAGAUAACAAAUACAAAAAAACCUAUAACAAAAGCAAUCAAUGCCGGUCAAAAACUGAUUGUAGUAUCUAACGCCCAAACUAUACCAUCGAGCAGUAUUUUACAAAAGACUCUUCAAAUACCUUUUGUAAAGAACAUUUCUAUAAAAAAUUUUGAGAAAUUCAAAAUCGUCACUAGUAAUUCCACACCGACUAGCUUACAAUUAACCAAUGUUACAAAUUCUGGAGUUAAUUCGGUGAAACACAAAGUGGUGUCAGUCAAACCAAAUUCAUCUUCGAAAAAAGUGAUACCGCUAUCCCAAUUACAGGUUUUAAAUUCAAAAGGAAAUAUAAAAGUACUUCCCAUCGGAAGUAAAAUUGUUAGCAAAUCUGUAACCGGUACUUCGUCUCCUAUAUACAUUGUAAAUACAACUCAACAGCUAACUAAAUCAACCCCAACGCAAGUCGUUGCUACGAGUCAAAUACAAUCAGAGAAACCUGAAGAUAAAAAAACAGAAAUUGUAAUGAGUGAAGUAGAUGGUGUCUCGUCACCGACUAAUAGAGAAAACGGAAAAUCUUCAGUUUUGGAAGAUAUAUUGAAAGCGUCUGGUAUUUCUGAAGAAAAUAUAUCCGAGCAUUAUGAAGAUAAAGUUGAAGAUACUCAGAUUUCAAAUAAUAAAGAAUGUUGUGAAAAUCAGAAUCCAGAUGGUAUUGCGGAUAAUGCCGUUACAUUAUCGAAUAAUUUCGAGGAAUAUUCAGUUGUUAAUGAGCAACAUAUUGAGGAAGAAUAUGUGGAUAGUGAAUUUGGGGAAAAAGAACCGAUAGAGAAAGUUGAAGUAAUUGCAAACGAGGUAAUAGACUCUGACAAUUCCUUACUCGCAACCCCUCAUUUAUCUGAAGAAAUAACAACUGAAGAGGUUCCUUUACCCGUUACUUUGGAUGAUGAAGUAUCGAAAGUUGAUGAUAUGCAGUGUAACUGAUAUUUAUUUAUUAUUUAUAAUUCGAUAUUUGUAUAAUUGUAUUUAAUUUUUUUGUACAUUUUUGUAUGUUUGCUAGGUAUUGUUAUUUCUUGAAAAAAAAUUCUUUACGAUAGAAAAUUGUUUAUCGUGGAACUUGAAAUUUUGCUCAAAUCCAUUUAUGAUAUUUCUCAUUACUGGAUUCUAUUAAAUUGCAUGAGGUAUGGUAUUUGAACGACGUUUUCUUCACACUGUGAUUUUCUCUGUAAUAUAUAAUAUCUAAUCUGAAA